AUGGAGGAUCUAAAUGGUGAUUAUUUCUCAUUGCUAGUCGAUGAAUCUUGUGAUGUGUCACGUAAGGAGCAAAUGACAAUUGUUCUGCGAUAUGUUGAUAGAUUGGGUGUUGUAGUUGAAAGGUUUAUUAGGAUUGUUUAUGUUCGUAAUACUAGUGCUUUAUGUUUAAAAAAAUCAAUUGUUAACUAUCUUGCUCAACAUUCUUUGAGUUUAUCUCAUAUAUGUGGAAAAUGUUAUGAUGGAGCAAGUAAUAUGCAAGGACAUCUAAAUGGCCUUAAAAUUUUGAUUCAACAAGAAAAUAGAUCAGCUCAUGCAAUUCAUUGUUUUGCUCAUCAGCUUCAGUUGACGCUUGUCGGGGUAUCUAAAAAAUGUCUUGAAGUUGGAGAACUUGUAUUGUUGGUUUCUAAUGUCUUAAAUGUAGUGGGAGGUUCCUUUAAACGAAUGGAUGAACUUCGAGAAUCUCAAGCAGAAAAAGUUCAAGAGGCAUUAGAUAUGAGUGAGGUUGAAAUUGGUAAAGACUUGAAUCAAGAACUUGGUAUUGCUAGAGUUGCUGAAAAAGCUAAGGCAACAGAAUAUCUUAAGGUUUGUCAAACAUUUGAGAUUGCUUUUAUAUUGCACUUAAUGAGAGAUAUUUUGGCGUUCACAAAUAAGCUUAAUGAGUCCUUACAGAAGAAAGAACAAGAUAUUGCAAAUGUCAUUCUACUUGUUAAAGUGGUGAAGAGACAAUUGCAAAAUCUAAGGGAUGAAGGAUGGGAUUCACUUAUCGAGAGUGUCUACAUUUUAUGUUAA